UAGUCAAGAAUUCAUCCAUCUCCAUUCCUCUUAAGCCAGCUCAUAAUAAAAACCCAUGCCAAGUGAUAGGCUAGCAGCGCAGUGUCACUAUCCGAAUAGUGAGCUCCAAGAUGGCCUUCAGUGUGCUCUCCCUGGUGAUCAAUGUGCUCUUCCUGAUUCAUCAUCAACACCAAGUUGUGGCACAAUCUUCCAAUAUGACGCGCCCGCCUGCAGUCAUUGUCUUUGGAGACUCCGUCGUCGACCCCGGCAACAACAAUGCGAUCGUCACCACGGUCAAGUGCAACUUCCCGCCCUACGGGAAGGACUUUGUCAGACAGCAGGCCACCGGAAGGUUCAGCAAUGGAAAGGUCCCUGGCGAUAUAAUAGCUUCUCGAUUAGGAGUAAAGGAGUUCGUACCACCUUACCUCGGGGUGGAACUUGACGAUCAAGACCUCCUGACCGGCGUAAGCUUCGCCUCUGGCGGUGGCGGAUAUGAUCCUCUCACAGCUGACCUAGUGUCGGUUCUUAAGAUGGACGACCAGCUAAAAUUGUUCAAGGAGUACAAGGAGAAGAUCAAGACAAUUGCAGGAGAAAAGAAAGCAGAUUAUAUUAUCUCACAAAGCUUGUACCUCAUAGUUACUGGCACCGACGAUUUAGCAAAUACUUAUUUCACGACACCAUUCCGAAGUGUAGAGUAUGAUCUUCCUUCGUACAUCAAAUUCGUAGUACAGGAAGCUUCGAAAUUUUUCCAGGAAUUAUAUAGCCUAGGUGCACGAAAAUUAGGUAUUACAGGGUCGCCCCCAAUUGGAUGUCUACCAUCACAAAGAACCAAUGCCGGAGGGAUCGAGAGAGAAUGUGUGACUCGUUACAACCAAGCUGCCAUUGUAUACAAUUCUGAGCUAUCUCAAGAGAUACAGAGGCUUAAUAACACACUGCCUGGAUCGAAAGUUGUCUACAUUGAUAUGUAUACACCUAUUAUUGAUAUGAUACAACGCCCCUCUGCUUAUGGAUUUGAGGUAAUCAACAGAGGGUGCUGUGGAACAGGGAUCUAUGAGGUCACAUUGACUUGUAACAGAUUUACUGCACCCCCUUGUGAAGAUGUUUCAAAGUUUCUAUUCUGGGAUACCUAUCAUCCUACAGAGAGAGCCUACAACAUUUUGAUGGGACAAGUUAUUCAGCGAUAUGGACCACUGCUCAGCUGAAAGUGGUCAGCUGACGAUAUAAAUUCUGCGCAUUCUGCUUAAGAACUUCCACUUGUGUGUACUUUUUGGUACAGUUGAGUCUAUUUUAACAUGUAAUUCAAUGAAUGUUUGUAAUCUUUACUAUCAUUGUCCAUGGAUAUGGAAAUGCUCAUAAAUUAAGAAAAUCCCAAGAAACAUUUCUUAACAUCA